GGGAGCUCGGGGCCCCGGGCGGCGGCGGGCUGCAUGCGAGCGCGGCGCGCCUCUGGCGGCGCACGGCGGCUGUCGCCUCCGGGAAGCCGAUCGCCGGGCGGACGGGCCCGCGCGCGCUCGCCAUGGCCUCCAACUUUAACGACAUAGUCAAGCAGGGCUACGUGAAGAUCCGCAGCAGGAAGCUGGGGAUUUUCAGACGAUGCUGGCUGGUUUUCAAGAAGGCUUCUAGUAAAGGACCCAGAAGGCUAGAAAAAUUUCCAGAUGAAAAGGCAGCGUAUUUCAGAAACUUCCAUAAGGUAACUGAACUGCACAAUAUCAAAAAUAUAACCAGACUGCCUCGGGAGACAAAGAAGCAUGCGGUGGCAAUUAUCUUUCAUGAUGAAACGUCAAAGACAUUUGCCUGUGAGUCAGAGCUGGAGGCCGAGGAGUGGUGCAAGCACCUCUGCGUGGAGUGUCUGGGGACCAGGCUGAACGACAUCAGCCUUGGGGAGCCGGAUCUCUUGGCGGCCGGGGUGCAGCGGGAGCAGAACGAGAGAUUCAAUGUAUAUCUCAUGCCUACACCAAAUCUGGAUAUUUAUGGCGAAUGCACAAUGCAGAUCACUCAUGAGAAUAUCUAUCUCUGGGAUAUCCACAAUGCCAAGGUCAAACUGGUGAUGUGGCCUCUCAGCUCAUUGAGGAGAUAUGGGCGGGACUCAACGUGGUUCACCUUUGAGUCAGGAAGAAUGUGUGACACAGGAGAAGGACUGUUCACCUUUCAAACAAGGGAAGGAGAAAUGAUCUAUCAGAAGGUCCAUUCUGCGACGCUGGCCAUAGCUGAGCAACAUGAAAGACUAAUGCUAGAAAUGGAGCAGAAGGCCCGGCUUCAGACAAGCUUGACUGAACCAAUGACGUUAUCCAAAUCCAUCUCUCUUCCUCGCAGUGCAUACUGGCAUCAUAUUACUCGUCAGAACAGUGUUGGUGAAAUCUACAGUUUGCAAGGUCACGGCUUCGCUGCGGCCAAGAUGUCGCGCGCGCAGACCUUCCCCAGCUACGCGGCGGAGCAGAGCGAGGAGCCGGCGCAGCCCUUGUCCCUGUCGCGCUCGAGCAGCUACGGGUUCAGCUACAGCUCCAGCCUCAUCCAAUGACACCGAGAGACCAGAGACAGUGCGCCCGCACCUGCUCGUGGGCCCCUUGCGCCCUCUGCCCCGCGGAGGACCGAUUGCAGCAAACAUUGAAAUGGGUCGGGUCUGGCCCCAGUCCCAGUGGAAGGUUAAAAACCGGAGUUCGGCUUCCUGGAUUCCGUGGCUAAGUCCUUUAUUUAUUGAUUUUCUUGGGGGGAAUCUGUGUUUUACAAAAAUAGAGUCCAAAUCGUAUGAACAGUCAUUUAAGUAAAAUUUCUUUGGGUCUGGCAGUAGUAGCAGGAGCCUGGGCACCCCAGGAAGCUGCUGCACUGGGUGGUGGGCAUUACCCCUGUGUCCUGGAUGGCAGGUCUGUCCUUAGACAUAAUGGUGACCUGCCACAAACUGUGUGGCUUGGAAGGUUCUGACAGGGACGAAUCCAGUAAGCUCUCCAAAUGGCAUCGUAACUCUCCAUAUAAAUAAGCCCAAUGUCAGGUAAGGGAACAUGAAAUUUACAAGACACCAUUAAGCAGGGCCUAGUAGCUCUACUGUGUGUGUGUGUGUGUGUAUGUGUGUCUGAAGAUAAAUAUAGAUAUGGAUAUUGCUACAUCCAUCUCUACCUAACAAGUAUAUAUCAAACAUAUGCUGAGGGUGACAGGAUAUGCUCACUUAAAUUGUUGAAAACUGUAAUUUGGUGCAUUCAAGUUAGGAUUAUUAUGUUGAAUAGCUAUUUUUUAAAGUGCUGUACAAAAAACAAGGCUUCAUAUUAGCAAAAGUAUUUAUGUAGUCAAGUCUGCCUCUAUGACAAAUGUCAGUGAAAAUGUGAGAAGGAGGAAUGCCUUGGAAACAAAAGAACCCGACUCGCUGUCCUACACGUCUCCUCACCACAUGCUGUCCGUCCCUUGUUGACAACGUUUCUCUCUUUGACCAACCCUCUGAGCUACGGGAGAAGAUGGAGUGUGAUGACUUAUUGGCUUCCAUUUAACCUCUAGAGAAAGAAGGAUUCUAAAUGAGCUUAAGAAAGAGAUAAAAAUACACUUUAAAAGAACUCAGCCAUUUUGCAGGCAGAAGAAUAACGGGCAUAGGAUUGUAGAUACCAAUUAUUUAAAAUUUUAUAGCUGCCAUUCUCUGAGAGCCAUCAGGGGAUUGUAAUUUACUAUGGAACCAGAAUUUGCUGGGCUUUACUUUCCUUUUAAUGAACAUGGGUUGGCUGGGAUUAUAAGAGAAAAUGGAUGAAACACAAUUUCUUUUUUCCAUCACUGGCAUCAGUGACAAACUUCCAAGGUUUAAAGGGAAGUGGUGAUUUUCACAUGAGCUGAGCGACUUUAGCAAAUUUGGAUCAACAAAAGAUUUUUGGUCCUUGAUUUUGGAGUUCACAUGAGUAAAAUUACAAAUUAUUCUGCCUGAAUUAUCUAAUAUAACACGCCCAAAACAGUCAGCUUGCAAAUACUGCCAGGUGAAUUUAAAGAAUAAUGAGACUGGGUCUGUUAGAUGAAAACCUAUUUUGUUUUUUUUUCUUAAUAGAAAUUUUUUUUAAUUAUCGAAGUUACAGUCUGUUGAAAGGGCAUCUGUUUUGUUGAUCUGUGGUAAGAUUUUUUCAUCACUAUCCAUAGCUUGAAUGCAGAUUGACCAUUCAUUUCAGAGAAUUAUUACUGAAUAAACAAAGUUCCGAGUCCCUCCUUGCUAAAUCUGCACUAUAACAACUACCUAGACCCUCUGAAUCUCUCAGAUAUGUAUUAAAACUUCAUCAAGAUGCUAAUCAUAAGAGUUAAUGUGGCUGUGAGAAAUAAUUAUCCUAAGCUUUCAGGAAUAAAAAGAAAAUUACUCAAACCCUCUGCACUGUGAAUUUUGCUGACACAGCAGAAAAGCAGUGACUGGUUCCUGGUGAUGAUCCAGCCCUCCCUAAAAUCCUAGCUUUCAGGGUUAAAAACCUCUGAAUUACUUCAGCACAUGGCAUUUUGCUUUUGAAAUGCCAUUAGUAAAACACACCAGAGCAACUCCCAGCUGAGACCAUUUAGCACAGCUCCUGGUGGUGCUACGUUCAGAGCCAGCUGCUCACCAUUCACUCAGUAGAGCUGUUGCUUGGAAACCACAAGUUUCUGCGAGGGACUUCUGGGGGUCCUGGUUCAUGUCUCCACUUUAUAAUGUGCCGGAAGCAUAGAGAGCAAGUCCAGGAGGGAUUCUGCUAAUUAGAUGAGUCUGCUCUUGUGUCUGUUUGGUGGGAGACAUAAUACCUGGAUGAAGUUGCUUCAAGAACACCCUUUGCUUGUGAUCAUUACCAGGGAGCAUAACUGAGGGGGUUCCAAAGAUCAGGCAUAACCCCGGGCCAGUUCAUUCUGAAAAUGUCAUAAAAAAAGUGUGCAAGAGAGAAAUUUCUUCCCAAGUCUUUAACCCAUCCUCAUUACAAUGAGAAUAAUGCUGUAAAAUACCUCAUGGUACAUUUUUGGAGAUUGAUUCCAGCAUAUUCCUCCAACUGUACUUAUAACUGUAGCUAUGUCAAAAGUGCUAAAUGAACAGAUAGGAGAAUUUAUAUUAGCCUAAUAUACUUGACAUAAGGCAGUGCACAAUGUGAUAAAAAUGACGAGCAGAUAAAUCUACAAAACCAAAGAUGAAAAGUUACUGUGCCAGCCUCCUGGAACUUC